AUGGCUACAAUUGGACCAAGUGGCACAAUACCUACGAGGCCUGGUACUGUGUAUCUUGGCAAGUAUAGCGUCUCCAGAGAAACAUUAGACGAAACCCAAAAUUCAGGGCAGCUUGUUGACUUUAAGGAGCCACCAAAAUCUGCCAGAUCGAUCAGAGCUACCAUCAGACGUGCGUGGACGAAACCUCUGGAGGAACAAAAACCUGCGACAGCUAUAACACGACACCACAAAUUUCGCAGGUGGCUCAAUAGUCCCGAAAAAGAAUUCACUUGCAGCUGGAGCGAGUAUGACGAAAAUUUAAAUGGGGAGCUUCAUCGGCUUCGUGAUCUGGGAGAAUGGGGAGACCUUGAAGACGGAUCUUAUCGCUCCACGAAUUGCGAAACAUUCGAGCCGUCCACAAACAAUGAGUCGCCAUAUCCUUCAAACCCUAACAACAAUUCUGGCGACGAAAGCGGUUUCGAAAUGUUCAGCAAGAUGUUUUUAGAUUCGAAUUCCGGUGCUACGCUGUCCGAAAACGCCCCACAGUUUAGUCAGCCUCCAAAAUCCAAUCAAUCUACCCGUUCGCGCUCCUCUUACAAAAAGAAGUUCGAUAUUCUUCGCAAAUUUAGAUUUAGGCUGCACCGCAGCAGAAUGCGCAAUGAGUUCACACUCACAGACAAAUAUUUGGGAUCCGAUGAGAACAUCGAAAGGUGUUUGCAAGAUAUGGAUAUGAUGCCUUUCGAUCUAACGGCCCCUUCAACCGCGGGCAAUGAAUCAAAGAGCGAUAAACAGCAAGUGAGUGGUGCUUUGAGCGACAAAAGUACCAUGGUCGAGGGUGCUUUUUCCCCCGGUGCGUUGCACGUCACGAAGCUACGAAAGAACGGGAACAGUUAUGAUAUAGAACAGGAAGAGCUGGGCAUAGAAAAAUAUGUCCUAUAA